AUGGAUGACCUACCGACGCAGCUGUCUGCUGCCUCGCUCUCUGCAUCCUCCUCCAACCCUCCACCGAUUCGACUGCGCGCCUCGCAACGAGCCCAGAUCAUCUCCUCUGCAGAAACCUUCGUCAAGCGCGCAUUUGCCCAGCACGAUCCGUCGCACGACUGGAAUCACGUCCACCGAGUGCGCCUGCUCGCGCUCUCGCUCACGCGCUCUCCCGAGCUCUCCACCCGCACGCCCUCCGUUGACCUUCUAGCGGUCGAGCUGGGGGCGCUAUUCCACGACCUCGUCGACGCAAAAUACACGUCUGGGAGCAGCACGCCUUCGGGCGUCCUCUCUGCGUUUUGGGCGUCCCUCCCGCCGUCCCCACCCUUGAUAACAGCCGAGCAGAAAACGCUGGUGGAGAAGAUCGUAGGCAACGUGAGCUGGUCCAAAGACGAGCGGCGCCGGCGUCUCUCUCCCGCGCACCUCUCGGCUGCGGACGUGGAGCUGCAGCAGUGGCUUGACGGAUGCGCCGAGUUCUGGUGCGUCUCGGACGCAGACCGGCUCGACUCGAUCGGCUCGAUCGGCAUCAUGCGCUGCGCCGCCUACAGCUGCAAAGUCAACCGCCCACUCUACAUUCCCCCCAGCAACCCGAGCAUGGACCCUGUGCCGCCCGCGGAGCAGGCCGAGGGCUACAACGGCUCUGCCGUCGGUCACUUUUAUGAGAAGCUGCUCAAGAUCAGGGGGGACAGGCUAUACACGGUGCAGGCGAAAACGGAGGCGGAGCGGAGACAGGCGGCCAUGAGGGGGUUCUUGGAGGAGUUGGAUCUGGAGUGGCUGGUCGCGCAGCAGGGCGCGGAGCUGGCGAUGUUGGAGGCUGAGGAAGAGGAGGAGGAGGAGGAAGAAGAGGAGGAGGACGGUGAAGAUGUGCAGAAACUGUGA